AUGUCUCUCAAAUACCUCUCCAUCCUCGCCCUUGCAGGCUAUGCAUCGGCUCAGCAGAACGAUACUGUUCCUACUCUCGCUCAGGCUUUGAGCUCGACGAGCGAGCUGUCCCAGCUACAAAGCGUUCUCAACCUAAAUCCCGAACUCGUCCAGACUUUAAGCGGUGCAAAUGAUAUCACUAUCCUUGCACCGUCAAAUGAAGCCUUCGGCCUGGUCGAUAAUGCGACUCUUACCGGUCUUACCUCGAACACAGGAUUGCUCACUGCUCUCCUGCAGUACCACGUCCUGAACGGCACAUUCCUCGCCAAGGCGAUCACGAACACUAGUGCAUUUGUUCCAACCCUAUUAACCAACCCUCUCUUUACAAAUGUGACUGGAGGCCAAGUCGUCGAAGCCAUCGCCCAAGAUGGCAAGGUCACCUUCUACAGCGGUCUGCUGUCCAACUCGUCUGUCUCCAAAGCGGACGUGAAUUUCACUGGUGGUGUUAUUCAUAUUAUCGACCGACUCCUUGUCCUCCCCGAGAAUGCCGUCGACACACUGUCCGCCGCCAACCUCACGUCGCUGCGUGGUGCCAUCAACGCGACCGGUCUCGUUGACACUGUCAACAAUACACCCAACAUCACAAUCUUCGCGCCGUCCAACGAAGCGAUCCAGAACAUCGGUUCCGCAUUCGCCAAUCUUACGACGGAGCAGAUUACCGACAUCUUGACCUACCACGUCGUCACUGGGGAUAUCGGCUACUCCUCCAGCCUAGAGAAUGGAACAAGCCUUACAACUGCAAAUGGCGGCAACUUGACAAUCAUCGUCGGGACUGGUGGAAUUUUUGUUAACAACGCUCGUGUCAUCACCUCCGACGUUUUGAUCGCCAACGGUGUCGUCCAUGUCAUCGACGAGGUCCUCAACCCCACCAACAAGACCCUCGCUGACCCUGCAUCCAAGGAGGGUAAGCCUGCCUUUGAGGGUGCCACCCCUGCGUCAGACGUUCCAUACACUUCCGGCCAACCUACGCCUACCAACACCAUCAACGCAGAAGCUACUAAAGCUGCCGAUCCUACUCGGUCUGGUGCCAUGAGCGCAAGCACUGCAGGUGCUCCUCAAGCCAUGAAGACUGGUGCUGUUGGUAUGGGUGCUUUGUUCGGCGCUGCUGCCGUCUACAUGAUGUAAUCUUGGACAGUAUCUGAGCAUAUAGAUUCGUUGGGUUAUAUGUGAGAUAGCAGAAUCCAGAAGGUAGUGGUGCGAGACUGUUGGGAUUGUAAAUAAUGCAAAGCUGUCAUUGUUUAUGAGAGCAAAUGAGGGGG